GCUUCUGCUGUCAAUCGUCUGUUAACUCAAGUCGCUUUGCAAUGGACUGAAUUUAAGACUGAAGACUGAAGCGCAGUAAGACAGAGGGGACCGCAAGAGAGAAUGUGAAAUAAUCUCUUAGUUAAUGAACAGUAGAGUGAUACAGUGAUGGAUGUGAUCGAUGCUGCUGGAAGAUGGGAUGCACUGGGCAGUCGAGAUGCAAGAUCCAGACAUGCAACGAUGGAGGUCAUUCAUCAGGAGGUGAUGAAGAGAAUCGAGAACAUCGGUCCCAUACCAGACACACACUCCUCUGCUCUUUCAGACAUAAAUGUCAGUCGGUCCAGUGACCUUAACGCUCUGCUGUCUCAUGUCCUGAUGCUCUCCAAAAGAUGUCCUUAUAAAGAUGUCAGAGAGAAAUGCAUAUGCUUGCUCCAGGUGGUUCAGGACAUCGGGGUGCGAAUCCCCAGACCCCUGGGAAACGGACCAAGUAGAUUCAUACCGGAAAAAGAGAUACUUCAAGUCAGUAAAUUGGAUGAAAGGACCCAGUCGAUUUUCGAGGAUGCCUUUGCAGUGCUCGGUCGCCUUGACAACAUCUCCCUAGUGAUAGGUUUCCAUCCUCAGUAUCUGGAGAGCUUUCUUAAGACGCAGCAUUACCUGCUUCAGAUGGACGGCCCUUUGUCUCUUCACUGCAGACAUUAUAUAGGAAUAAUGGCUGCAGCCAGGCACCAAUGCACGUAUCUGGUCAACCUGCACGUAAAUGACUUCCUACAGGUAGGAGGUGAUCCCAAGUGGUUGAAAGGUCUGGAGGAAGCCCCACAGAAGCUGCGGGCUCUCGGAGAGCUCAACAAGAUCCUGGCCCACCGCCCUUGGCUUCUCACCAAAGAACACAUUGAGAGUUUACUAAAGGCAGAAGAGCACAGCUGGUCCCUGGCUGAGCUAAUUCAUGCCGUGGUGCUGCUCACACACUAUCACUCAAUGGCUUCAUUUACAUUCGGCUGUGGCAUCACCCCUGACAUCCACACCGAUGGGGGACAUACGUUCAGGCCGCCCUCACUCAGCGGUUACUGCGUUUGUGACAUUGCCAAUGGCAACGGGAGCCUGGAGGAGAUGCUGGGGAACCAUCAGGUAUCAGAGUCGUCUGGUGAGGUGGAGGUGCUCAUGGAGCGGAUGAAGCAUCUACAGGAAUGUCGAGAUGAAGAGGAGGCCAGUCAGGAGGAAAUGGCCACACGUUUUGAGAGGGAGAAGACUGAGAGCAUGCUGGUGGUCACCUCGGAGGAUGAGGAGAGUGUACCGUCCAGAGAUGUGUCAAGACACUUUGAAGAUCCAAGUUAUGGCUACAAAGACUUCUCCAGGAGAGGAGAACACGUGCCCACCCUUAGAGUGCAGGAUUAUAGUUGGGAGGAUCACGGCUUUUCCCUUGUGAAUCGAUUGUAUCCAGAUUUUGGACAGCUGCUUGAUGAAAAGUUUCAGAUUGCUUACAAUCUGACGUAUAACACAAUGGCGACACACCAGGGUGUGGACACCUCCAUGCUCCGCAGAGCCAUCUGGAACUACAUUCACUGCAUGUUUGGCAUACGAUACGACGAUUAUGACUAUGGGGAAAUAAACCAGCUGUUAGACCGCAGUUUUAAAGUCUACAUCAAGACUGUGGUGUGCAGUCCAGAGAAGAUCUCCAGGAGGAUGUACGACAGCUUUUGGAGGCAAUUCCAGCAUUCUGAGAAAGUUCACGUUAAUUUGCUUCUUAUGGAAGCGCGCAUGCAGGCGGAACUGCUUUACGCUCUGAGAGCAAUCACUCGCUAUAUGACAUGAAGUGCAGUUCUCGUCUACCUUUUAAAUUUAAAUUUUUUUACUGUUGUUGAUGUUGCUAUCAUGGGACACUUCAAUAAAAGUAAAAACUACAAAAAAAAAGAAAAACGAAGAAUAAACGACGGCCGACAAGAGGAUCGGAUUCAUGGUUGUUUUGGUCAAAGAAGGAAAAACAACCGAAUCACUUGUGUGGCUGCUCAGCUUGCAGGGCCAAAUCUGGCCACUAGGGGGCGUCUCAGCAUAUUAAGCUCAAACUGGGGCUGCACAAGCGGACAACCUGAGACUGCGAUUCAAGCUUUUGGAGGUCAAACCUCCUUUUAGUAUUUCAAAUGCAUCUGCGAUAAGAUGCCGUAUAAUCAUAUCUUCUUUUUGUGAGAUAAGAAUAAAAAAACACACACAUGUAGUAACUCCAGCACGGUGCAGAUAGACUGCACUUAAAUGCCUAUCUAUUAGUGUGUUUCCAUAUUGUUUUUAUAUUGUGUUUUUUUUAUUUUAGCAGUGGCUAGAGAUAGAAGCAUCACUGAUUUUGCAUAAACGCGUGCCUAGUCAUGCGCAGCACUGGCAACAGAUGCUGAUGUGCCAUCUGUCCAAGCUGCUUUUCUUAAUUGAGAGGCCUCAAGAUACCCAAACCAUCACCCAUUUGUAUAAGCUAAAGACUGUUCGUGUGCAUGAGAGAGCGAUGAAUGCGAUUCAAAAGUCGUAGUGGUCUGAGCCCUUGUUAUAGUUUACUGUACGACACCACUUUGUCUCUCAUCAUUUCCAACGUGUGAAUGUUGUAAGAAAAAAUCUCAUCAUAGGCUCUACGAUUUUGUUUUUGGAUGCAUUUAAUAUAUCAAAGCACUUUUUUGAAAUGUCAAGAUAUGCUUCAGCUGUUAUGUAGCUAUUGUUUUAUUUUUUUGAUGACUGUUUCUGUCUUUUAUUUUUGUUGGCUGUGCUCAAAGCAAAAAGGUCUUCCUUCCUUGCUCUGAUUUAUUUGCCUUAUCUGUCUUCCCUUUAAUGCGUGGUCAACGCCUCAAGCUUUUAAUUUUGGGGUUCAUUAUAACUAAAUACCUCCUGUUAUGUAUCUUUAAAUAUCUAAGUGCUGUCUGGUGUUGUGUACAGACGCUAACAACCAGGCAACCCGAAACGACUGCGCAGUUUUGGGGUUAAAUAAUGCUCGUUCUCAUUUCAAGUGGAACUAAGAUGCGUUUUGUUUUGUGUGUGUGUGUUUUUCAGCAGGGUAGAUUAUCUGUUGUCUUUUUUUUGUUUAUUAAAACCAGUCAAGUACUGCAUUCUGAUGGUGGCAGGACUAGUUGAGGAAUGGUACUUUUUCAAGAUGGAUGUGAGGAUGUUUUUCAACAGACUGAUGUCAGUUACUGACACUUUUAUAAAAAAAAAAAUGUGAUGAAAAGAAAUAAAACAUGGUUUUUAAAUGGU